GCCGUCGUUUAAACGAUCGCCAACGUGCGUGCCGCCAACACACGAGCGCGCGCAACCGUCCGCCGACAGCAUAAAAUUUUGUUAAGACACGAUCCGUCCGACAGCUGCAGAUCGACCGCAUCAGCACGACGCGCGUCAGUACCGCCCGAAAAUCGUAAUAUUAUAAUAUAAAUCUAUCGCGCGACGGUCACGACGACAUCGUAAUACCUAAUUAUAUAAUUAGAUUAUAAUAAUUGUAACGCGAUCGCGAUCGACGCGGGUGUUCCGACCGUCGACGCCGCCGCGCCAUGGAAUCGCGCGGGGCGCUGCUGCUGCUGGUCGUGUACGUCGCGGCGUUCCAGCGACCGGCGCACGGUCAAGACUGUCCAGAUGGCGUUCCAGUAACGUACGUCAAAUAUAGUAAUUCAGCUCCGAGAUCUGUGGUACAGCCGAUCCUAUUGUACGCCAGCACUCCCGGAGUCGCCAUAACGGCUGAAUGUUACAACAGAUGUAGAAAGUCUGUGGACUGCGCCGGAUUCAUAAUAGAUUACACGUCGACGUCGUGUUACCGGGUGCCCAACAUGGGAAGUUCCACCGACAAUAUCGUCGUCACCCCAAAUGUUAACUUUUUUAGGAAAGCAUGUCUCCGUGUCCCCGAAUCGUGUAACCGAAGAGCGUGGCCGAUCGAGGUAUCCAUGGACUACGAAAUAAGCGGUUUUCAGUAUUCGGUUGUGCCCAAUGUCGGCGACAAAUGGCGAUGUGCCCAACUGUGCAUCGACCAAAACGAUUGCAAGUCGGCGAACUACUUUCGACUGACAAAGAUGUGUUCUCUGAACUCCGAAACCCGCAAGACCAAACCCACAGCGUUCAAUCCGAGUCGAAGUCAAGUCGAAUAUUUAGAAAACGAAUGCGCCAAUACACUGCCAGGUGUAAAUCAAAUUAGUUCGUGCUGGCACGAACCUGUGUAUGAUAGAACUUUACAACAAGUUGACUUACAAGUAGAAAACAUUAACAUUGAACAAUGCAAGGAGAGAUGUGAAUCUGAACAAUAUUUUAGCUGCAGAGGUUAUACUUUUAAAUGUCCUACAGAUGAGUUUGGUGGCACUCUUUGUCUUUUACAUGGUGACGAUACAAGCACAGCCGGCCCACUCAUUCCAUCGCCAUGUUCCACUUAUAUAGAAAGAAUUACUUGCAUUGAUUUAAGCGUAUCGUGUAGUGAUGAUUCUAUGAUAGUGUCGUUGAGAUCUCAGGGCUUCAAGGGCCGAAUGUUUGUGCUGGGAAGACCAGAAGAAUGCGGCGUUAACGGUCGCCAUACGGAUAUGACAACGAUUACCCUGCCGAUCGUCGAAAGCAACACUCAGCGUAAUCGCUGUGACGUCUUAGUGGCUAAAUCGGGAAACAGCAACAGGAAGUUGGCUACAGCUGUUGUCGUAGUACAACACCACCCGAUCAUACAAACCGUCGGCGAUCGAGUGACAAAAGUGUCGUGUGCUAUUGGUUCGAGUCCCCUACCGUCGUUCUUGGCCUCUAGACCGCAGAACAUCACUUUAGACGCUACAUUCGGUGUGGCAGAACCGAGCAUACAUAACACAAUAUACAACGACGGUGGAUACGAUCCGAAUGGUUUGGUUGGUUCGGCAAAUCAAGUCGCUAAGAUGAGAAUUUUAGAAGUGGGACGAAACGUAAAACAAGUAUCUGAAGUGAAACUUGGCGAUGAAUUGGAACUCCGGAUUGACGUGAAUCAACCAUAUAACGCAACACAAUUAAGGGCCGGCCACUUGAUCGCUAGUUCUGGAGAUGGUCUGGACUCUUUGUUACUUUUAGAUUGGAGAGGAUGUCCUCCAGAACCAUCGACAUUUCCGGUUUUGAAUUUGACACCUCCAAAUUCAAUGGUCGCAAGAUUCAAAGCAUUCCGAUUUCCUUCGUCGCCAGUACUACGGUUUAGUCUCAUGAUGAUGUUUUGUGAUCAGCUGUGUAAGCCAAGUGAUUGUGGAAACGGACAAGUGUCCCAUGGUCGACGAAAACGCGAUGUUCAUACCUCAGAAACUAAAACAAAGGAAGUACCGUUACAACUCGCAAUCGUAGUACGAUCUCUUGAAGAACAAGAAGAAAUUAUAGCCAGUCAAAGCCAAAUUAGUAAUAGUAACAAUAAUAAUGAUCGAUCAUCUAGAAGAUUGGAAGCUUCAGUGAUUCGCAACAAUGAAUGGUGCAUUACUUGGCCUAUAGGAUUAGCUAUCGGUAUAAUUCUAGUCACUAUGCAGACAUUACUUGUAUUAGGCUGUUGGUCAUUUUUUCGACGUUCAAAUCAAAAAGUCCUAAAUGAUCGUGUGACUUUAAAUUCUGACUUUCAACCGAGACAUGUCACUUGGGCCGACCACCAAUAAGCUUACAAAAUAUGUUUUAUACCUAUAAUUUUGUUAGUACCUAAGUACGUUUACCAUUUUUUUUUUAUUUAAUAUCGUUUAUAAUUUUAUCUAAAAACUUUAUGUACAAACUAGUUAAUAACCAAAAAUAAAUUUAUUUUUAAGAAUAGACGGGAAUUCAAUAAAACGUUAAGUUGUAUAUUAAAAAUCAUUAUGUUACUAUAUACAGAGUGGUACACCAAGACUGCUCACCCCAAUUUUUACCUUUAAUUAAGCAUUUAUUCAAACUCUGGUUUUUUUAAAAUUCUAAAUACAUACACUUAGAUUGUAAAUGCCAAUGCCAUUUAAAAGAGAACAGCCCGUUUUUAUUAUAAAUUACUAAGCUGAUAAUUUUUUUUUUUAAUGUUAAUGUAAAAUCAAAAUUUGGAUGUGUAUUUCAUUUCUAAGUUUUUAAAUCUUAUGUAUGAAGAGUAUUAGUCCAUGUCAAUAUUUUUGCAUGAUACAUGCAACGGGUGCUACAAUGAUUUGAAAAUUAAUGUAAAUAAUAUUAAUCUAUAGACAUUUUAUAAUUUAUCAAAAUUAUCUAAAUAUAAUUAGUGCUAUAGGCUAAAUAUUAAAUAUAUUUUAUAUGUUAUGUAGGUAUAAUGGUUAGACAGGAUUAAAUUAAUGGUAUUGACGAUCUAAGUAAUUAAAUAUAUUAUGAUCUAAAAUUUGAAUAAAUACAUUGUUAAAGGAUAAAAUAGGGUGAGCAUGUUCGGUGAAUCAUCCUGUAUGUACUAUGUAAUUAUCAGAUUAAGUCAAUACAAAUUAUAUAUUUUCAUAGAAUUUCAAAAUUAGGUAUCAGGAACUGUGAAUUAUAAUUAUUAAA